AUGGUGCAUCCUCUACAAGCUGUUCCAAUCUCUGCUGCCACAGCAUCCUCUACUUCAUCUGAAGUAGAUGAGGAAAUUAUAUGCAAGGAAAAAGAUACAGCUGAAGCUGAGACACCAGUGUCUGAUUUUAACAUUCCAUUAUCUGAUCAUGGCCCCUCCACUCCAAUUCCUCAUUCUCCAAUGAAAAUUCCUGAGGGUGCCAUUGUUCAUGAUACAGCUCCAGAAAACUACAAGUCAGAUGCUGUAGUUGAAGAACCUGAUCAGGUAGCAGUGGAAGCACUGGAGUCCCUUGCUAAGGCUGGUGAAGAGCCUAGCAAAUCAAAAGCUGAUGAUCAAGAAAAAUCUGUUCAAGAACCUGAUGAGAAAGUUGCUAAUCCUGCAUCUGAUAAUGAUGAGGAUGAUGACAGUUCAGAUGAUGACAAUGAUGAAAAUGAUAAUGAAGCUUCUCUGUCACAUCUACAACAAAAUGAGUUUAUAGGACCUAACAUUUUCUUCAAGCUUUUUCUGUAA